GGUGGCCGGUGGCCGGUGACCGGGCACUGUGUCUUGGCCAACAGCGCGCCAUGGGCGGGAUCAGCUGCCACCACUAUAAAUAGGGCUGGUGACGAGCUGCUCAGCAAAACGAAAGCUGACCCUUGGAGCGUGGAGGAGGCAGAGUGGUCCGGGGAACGGAAAGCGGAGCCGAGGAGGAGGUGUGGUGUGGUGUGGUGUGGGUGUCCUGCGCUGGGGAGCCCAGCGGCACGUGCUCAGUGCCAGCACAGCUUCUGUAAGGCUUUGGCACAACCAGGACAUGGACCUCAGCAUGGGGGCAGGCCGAUAAAGGUGAUGGCAAGAGCUCAGGUGGGGCUCCCGGGACCCUUCCCGGAGCCCCCGGUUGGGCCAUGCCCUGUCUCUGACUCUGACUCAGACUCUGAGGACGCGGCUGUGGGUGGCACAGGACCUGGUGCCAGGGCACAGAACCCCUCUCAGGUCAUCCACAGCGGCCACUUCAUGGUGUCGUCCCCGCACAGCGACUCGCUGCCCCGACGGCGCCAUCACUGCACCGAGCCCGAAGCGGCUGAUCCCCGGAGCAUCGACCCGACCCUCACCCGGCUCUUCGAGUGCAUGAGCCUGGAGUACAGUGGGAAGCUGGUGUCUCCAAAGUGGAAGAAUUUCAAGGGGCUGCGGCUGCUUUGCCGGGAUAAAAUCCGUCUCAACAAUGCUAUCUGGAGAGCGUGGUACAUCCAGUAUGUGGAGCGGAGGAAGAACCCUGUGUGCGGCUUCAUCACCCCACUUGAGGGGUCAGAGGCUGAUGAGCACCGAAAACCAGAGGCUGUCGUGCUGGAGGGCAACUACUGGAAGCGCCGCAUCGAGGUGGUAAUGAGGGAGUACCACAAGUGGAGGAUCUACUACAAGAAGCGGCUCCGAAAGACCACCCGGGAGGAAGAGCUGUCCAGUCCAAAGCAGGAUGAAGAUCUCUGGAGGCCAAUGGAGAAAUGGUGCAACCAGCUCUUCUGCAACGUGGUGCCCAUGCUGCUUGGGGAUGAGGAAGAGGAGCCAGGGGGUAGGCAGCACUUCGACUUGGACACCUUCCUCUCAGACAUCUCUGACACCCUCUUCACUAUGACACAGACGCCCAGUGCCCACCAGGCACUCCCCGAGGAUGCGUAUGUUGGGAAUGCUGACAUGAUACAGCCAGACCUGGCACCCCUGCAGCCCAGCCUGGAUGAUAUGGAGGUCUCAGAUAUCUUCACCAGCCACCGGCCACUGCCACCACAGAUGCAACCAGUGUACCAGGAGCCACCCUGCUUCGUGCCCAUGGCUGAGCCCCUGUUCGGUGAUGGGGGAUCCCUGAUGGGUGCUCGGGGACUGCCCACAAGCCCGGAGGCCCCGCUCUCCCCCGGCGCCCUCCUCCAGCCCGGCGGUGCCUCCCAGCUUGGCCUCCACGGCGCCUUCCUGGGCCCCGAGCUCCCCUCAGCCCCGCUGCCCCCCGAACCCUCCACCACAGUGCCCAGCGGCCUCAGCCCCCAGCUCCGACACAAGCCCCUGCUGCAGUACGGCCCCGCCAGCAAGUGUCUCAGCCUGGAGCCACCAGGACCCCACUAUCCCCCUCCCAGCCUGUCCCCUGGGACACCAGUGCUGAGCCCGGACCCCCUGUUCUCCCCCACCUCGGCACCUUGCUCCAAGUUCCCCUACCCCAGCUCCCCCAGCCCCUCGCUCCUCAUCCAUCCCACAUCCCCCCUCUCAGCACCCUGCUUCUCCCCCCAUGCCCCAGAGCUGGGCUAUGCUGUAGGCAUGGUGCCCCCGGGGUACCCCGGCCCGGCUGCCCCCCAGCUCCUGCCCCCCACCCUGCUGGGCGACCCCAGGUUUGCCCCCCCCAAGGGGCUGCCCCAGGGCAGGAGCGGGCGGCUGAAGGCAAAGCCGAAUGGCACCAAGGCGAAGAGACUGCCGGGACCCCCCACACCGACACCCCUGGCCAUGCCCAACCCCUGCCUGAGCCAGCUCCUGACCGCAGCCAAGCAGGAGCCAGUCCUGGAUGCCCCACGCGCGAUGGGUGCAGGACUCGUGCCCACGUCCCCUGUUUCCCCGCAGAGCACUGUGCCCGACAUCCCCGCCACCUUCCUCUCCAGAAUGGCCCAGAUGAGCCCAGGGCUGGCUCCUGGCUCCAGUCCUUCCCAGGUGGUGCCGGUGCCGCUGGCUGGCACCCAGCCGGGCCCACUGGUAGUGCCCAAGGCAGAGCGGCUGUCCCCCACAUCGGCUUGUGGCAUUGACUGGCCCAAGCCUGGCCAGGCUUCCCCGAGACCCACUGCAGGGCUGGGCGCUGGCAUCUCCCUGCACCAUCCCAUGUCGUGCCGGGGCAGGCCUGAGUCCAGCAAGGUGGAGAGCCGCCGCAUCACACACAUCUCCGCCGAGCAGAAGAGACGCUUCAACAUCAAGCUGGGCUUCAACACCCUGCACAGCCUGGUGAGCACGCUGAGCGCCCAGCCCAGCAUCAAGGUCAGCAAGGCCACCACCUUGCAGAAGACAGCCGAGUACAUCUGCAAGCUGCAGCACGAGCGGGCAGCCCUGCAGGACGAGGCGCAGCGGCUGCGGGAGCAGAUCGAGGAGCUCAACGGCUCCAUCAACCUCUGCCAGGAGCAGCUGCCAGCCACAGGGGUGCCCAUCACACGCCAGCGCUUCGACCAGAUGCGCAGCAUGUUCGACGAGUACGUCCGCUCCUCCACGCUGCAGAACUGGAAGUUCUGGAUCUUCAGUAUCAUCAUCCGGCCCCUCUUUGAGUCUUUCAAUGGCAUGGUCUCCACAGCCAGCAUGGAGAGCCUCACGCAGACAUCUCUGGCCUGGCUGGACCAGCACUGCUCCCUCCCAGCGCUUCGGCCAACCGUCCUGAGCUCCCUCCGGCAGCUGAGCGUUUCCACCUCCAUCCUGAGCGACCCAGCCUGCAUCCCCGAGCAGGCGACGCGGGCAGUGGCGGGGAUGGGCCGCGGCGGCUCCUCGUAGCUGCUCCCGGACGGGCUUUC